AUUCAUCUGACCAAAACUCCGACUGAAAUAAUAUAGAAGGAAAAGCAGGCCUCAUGUAGAGUCCUGGUUCAAAGAGGAUUAUGGGUCUGCAUGUGAAUUAGGUGUAUAGAUUACGACUGUGGGUGAUUUAGAAUUGGAUUAGGUUGAUAAUCCCACGGUGUUCCACUCGGAUCCCCCCCCCGUAUCCUCUCGAUCCGAGCGAAUAAACAGGCAAUUAGGAUGCGGAGAUGAUUCUACAGACAUGGAUACCUGCGGAGACACCGAGAUUCACCCUAAAAUAAGGAUGCUAUUUAUUUCCAGGUCGCUUUAGUCGUGUUCAUCGUUGCUUGUUGCGUUAUCGGUCAUGUUUUUCGUGCGGGCGUCGGUGCAGCUGUGGGUGCUGCUGGUGCACAGUGGAUGGCUGGGGGUCGCACCGAGCCCCACCGAUGAGGGAGCACUCCGGGCCGGCCACGGAGAGCACGGAGAUCCGGGACACCAGGAGCCCCAUAAAGACUCCUACAGCACCUUUGCGUCCGAGUUCCUGGAGUCCAGAUAUCUGUCUGAUGACGGCUAUCCAUUCCCCACAGCCCCACCAGUGGAUCCCUUCGCCAAGAUAAAAGUCAGCGACUGUGGGAUAACCAAAGGCUGCAUCAGGUAUGGAAAGCCAGGCUGUGACGCAGAGACGUGUGACUACUUUCUAAGUUAUCGUCGCAUCGGGACAGAUGUGGAGUAUGAGAUGAGUGCAGACACAGAUGGCUGGGUGGCUGUAGGGUUCUCCUCUGACAAGAAAAUGGGAGGAGAUGACGUCAUGGGCUGUGUCCAUGACGAUAACGGGCGUGUGCGGAUCCAUCACUUCUACAAUGUUGGCCAAUGGGCGAAGGAGAUCAAACGGAACCCGGCUCGUGACGAAGAAGGCAUAUUUGAGAACAACCGGGUGACUUGCCGUUUCAAGCGGCCCUUAUACGUACCCAGAGAGGAGACACUGGUGGAUUUACACCUGUCGUGGUAUUACCUGUUUGCAUGGGGGCCUGCCAUACAAGGUUCAAUCACGAGGCAUGACAUUGACAGUCCGCCCGUCAGUGACCGCAUGAUCAGUAUUUACAAGUACGAGGACAUCUUUAUGCCUUCCACAGCUUACCAGACCUUUAACUCUCCCCUCUGCUUACUGCUCAUAGUAGCCCUCACCUUCUACUUACUGAUGGGAACACCGUAAUGAAGCAGAGCAGGAGAGUGGAGAACAAGAAAGCAAUAAAAAAGCGAUGCCAUAUUAGUCCGACGCCACAUUAAAGUGUCCACUUUGCACAGAGACACUGAAACAAGAUAUAUAAAAGCAAGCAAAUAUACCCAUUACUCAGACCUGAUACGGGAUUUUGAUAACGUAUUAAACUUAUAUUGUAGUGGAUUCAUGUAAAGAUAUCAGUAUAAUGGCGAGAUCUGAUAAAAGAGUAGUGUUAUAGAUUAAAAUAGGUCAGUUUUAUAAAAAUAUUCAUGAUAGCUUCCAAGUAUUAAAAGAAUAUGUGGACUGCACACGCCAAGAAAUACAUCUCACAAGUCUUCAAAGUACUGCAUGCACAAGGAAAUCCCUCCUGAGACGAAAAGGGCCUGAAGAUAUUAAACAACUGCUGUUUGCUGGUGAUGAGAAAACCACACCUCUUUUUUUUUCCACACACACUCACCCUUCGCUUUUAUUCCAUCAUCUCUUUGAACUUUACAGUUUAUGUGGUGGGGAGUAACAUCAAAUCUCUUUCCCCUUUAGGAGCUCAUCUUCUUUUUCACAUUUUUGUUCUCCUCUCUCAGCUGCAUCAGCUCUUGUUUGUUCAUCAGCGUUUGAGUACUGCAGUAUGAAACAGCGCUACAGUCAAAUAUGACACACUGAGCAACAAACAACUUGAAGGACAUUUUGCUUUGACUUGUAUAUGGACUAAUUUUACCACUGGUUGAUAUUGUAGCUGUUUGAACUGUAUUAAAAAGUGGCAGAUUAGAUGCCUCCCACUGAAA